AUGAGUGGACAAGCUCUCCAGGCCGAAUUAACGAGCCUGGCUCAAGAGGCUAAGAGAAAGAAUCCAGAGAUACGCACUGCCGCAGAGAAAUCCUUACAAGAUCUCAAGUCUCUCCCAUCAACGUCAGAACAACAACUGGCUGCUGAUCUAAGUCGUCGACCAACUUUCAUCGAUCCUUUUCUACUCGCUUGCAAUACAAGAAAUGCCAAGUAUGCUGGUAGUGCUGCAGUCUGUCUCCAACGCCUUGUCAUCAUUCGAGGUCUACCGAAGUCGCGCCUGAAAGAUGUGCUGGAUGCCUUCAACGCUUGUACCUCACUCGGCCUUGAUAUUCAGCUCAAGGUUCUCCAGGCUCUUCCGGCUCUUGCCCAGAACUAUGCGGACGAUCUGAAAGGUGAUCAUCUGGCCGCCGCCUUGCAAGUAUGUGCAGCUUUGCAGAACGUCAAAGCUGCUACAGUCAGUGGUGUAGCUGCUGCCACCCUUCAACAACUUGUCGUAUCCGUGUUUGAUAGAGUUGCUGUCGAAGAUGAAGCUGGUGAUAAAGUCCCCAUUGUCACUCGAAUAUCUGGUGGAGAUGGUCCGAUCGCCCUGAAAGAAGCUGCUUACGAUGCUUACCGCGUAUUUCUGGAUAUUUGCUUCGCUACCGAGGGCCAAAACACACGAUUCGUACGAUUCUCUAGCCUCUCUGCCGCCUCGGGCCUGGAGCUCAUGGGUGCGUGCCUUGGUAGUCAUCCCAAGAUAUUUGCAUCUCAUCCCGAGCAGACGAACAUCCUACGAACAGUGGUCAUGCCGCAUCUAAUUCGCGUCAUCUCAGAACGUCAAGCAUUCAGUGUCACACUGCGUGCCCUACGGGUCGCGUCGUUCAUCAUACGUCGUCAUCUUCAGGCCAUGCCUGACGAGUGUGAGGUUGUCCUAGGUCUUUUGACCCACAUGAUAGAUUCGGAAGCGACAUCCUGGAAACGCGCGAUGUGCAUGGAAGUCUUCCGUCUUGUUUACACUGAGCCAAGCCUGGCUGUGCAAAUCUAUCUACAGUACGAUGCCAAAGAGGGCAAACGCUCGAUUGUACGAGACAACAUUGCAUCCUUCGUCAAAAUCUCGACCGAGAAGCCUUCUGUGAUUGGGCUGGGUCAACACUCAACCGUUCCUACGGACCAGGCAAGAGAUACGAUAGCUGAACAAGUUGCGAUGGAAGCUGCUGGCGGCGUUGCUGGUGUCAUCGUCCCCACAUCAAACUCUGGAGAAACCAACGUCCCAGGCAUUAGUACGCGAUGGAGCGUACCGAAGACUCAAUGCAUGGACCAACUUGAUAAAACCGAUCCUCCAGCCUUGCCAGAGACAUAUAUCUAUAGUCUUGUACUUGAGUGUCUGAACGGCCUAUCUGAGAACCUUGCUAAGGUUGUGCUCCCUCUGACAGUGCAGCAUGAUGGUUCACGGCACAGGAAAGGCCCAGAACAGAUUUCGGAUGAUGAAGCUGACGACAGUGAAGAACACACUACAAGUCCACAAAGGACUAGGAAUAGAAAAAAGAGGUCGCAGUCUUACCGAUCGCGAACGGUACCACUCAACCCGCUUUCAACAGACGAGAGUACCGAAGCUGUUCGUAUCAGAGCAAUUGCAAGGCUUGUUGAAGAGUGCUGGCCUGCAUUACUUGCAACGUAUUCCACGUUCCUCAACGCAUCCUUGGACAACGAUUACUAUCGGGCGUUGAUCAGGUCGUAUCAAAGAUUUGUCCAGGUCUCCGGUCUUCUCAGAUUGUCCACCGCACGAGAUGCCUUCUUGACCACGCUUGGGAAAGCUGCGGUACCUCCGAGUAUAGUAACAUCUAGCAUGUCCGCAGUCUCAUCUCCAACAACUGAACCUUCUGGCGUAUACUCCAAUGGCAAGGGAUUACUCAGCGUGGAAAGCUUUGCCACGCAAGUAUCAGGGAAUGACAGGUCAGGACGAGCAUCAUAUGAUCCGGCGUCGAGGCCUACAUUGUCGACACGUAAUCUCCUCUGUUUGAGAGCACUUCUAAAUGUUGCCAUCGCUAUCGGUCCAACGUUGGAGUCCUCAUUCAACAUCGUCUUUGAAACAUUGCUCCAAGCUGGCGUCGUCCUCAAUGCCUCGCAAGCAAAAUCCACAGGAAUUGGCCCUGAGAUCUCAGCUGUAGAAGGCGCAGUCUUACGACUUUUAGAAAGCACAGCGGACUAUCCGAACGACUCUUUCCUCCACGUACUCACCACCCUUUGCAAAUUACUUGACGGGAGAACUGAAGGUUUGCCCUCGUCACCAGUUCAAGCGAAACCCCCACCCGUCACACGCAGGAUAUCGAGCCUGCCUGGGAUCACAACCGAUAUUGCUCUUUCUACGCAAGAUUAUCUUUUCGUUUUGACAAGAAUCAAGGACCUUGCAGAACACAAUGUUGCGCGAUUCGCAAGUUAUGCCUCCUCCGAAAGUGGGUGGGCAAUCUUGGUGAAUCGUAUCAUAGAUUUGACUAUCGCUACAAACAUUCCCGAUGAUGCUCGACGUCUCGCAACCGACAUCUUGGCACGUUGUUCUGUUGCUGUUGCUGAAGCGAGCACAUCUGAGGAAUCGGAUGAUGCUGCGGUGGCCCAGAAGAUGGUCUUGUCUUCGCUGAACUCGCUUGUCUAUCAGUUAUAUGAGCAGGGCCACGACCUUGCGAACAUCGAUAUUGAGAUCCACAACAAGGUCCUUGACUCGGUCAGAGCUGUACUUGAAAAGUCUGGGGAGGCACUUUCUGCUGGAUGGGAUAUUAUUCUUGCCAUAAUAGGCAGUGUCUUUGACUCCGAAGACGCUGAGAAGCACGAGACUAACCAAAGGAUCGACAAAGAGGGUUGGUUGAGGUUGUCAAGUAGUUUCAUGGCUCCUUAUCUGGGUCGAUCGGCAUUUGGUGUAAUGCAGCUUGUAUGCUCAGACUUCCUGGCGCCUCUUCCACAGGCAUGUCUCAGCCCGCUGGUCGAGAUACUGUUUCACUUUGCUUCUCAGACCUCUGAUCUGAACAUCUCACUCACGGCUAUCACGCUAUUUUGGGACGUCUCGGAUUUUCUCGUAAAGCAAGAAGUGGUAUCUGGACUCAACGAGCUUACCAGCGGCAUUGCCGAGGAACGACUGGUCCUAGGUCACGAACGUAUCGUCACAAAGAGCAAAGAGUCUCGACCUGCUCAGUGGGUCUUACUCAUGUAUCGACUGACCGACAUCAUUGCCGACGAGCGCUCCGAAGUUAGGAACAGUGCUUUCCAAACACUCUUACGAAUAUUCAAGAACCAUAGUACUGAUUUCUCGAACCCGGCAUGGCAACUAGCUAUUGAGACCCUGUUAUUCAAGAUCCUACGAGAGAAUGCCGAACAGCAGAAGAGUCUUCGAUCUGGCAAAGCAUCGAUCGAUGCUAUCAUUGGCCUCGACUCGACUUCGCGCGAGAUCAUUGGUGACAUUGCUACUCUUCUGGUUGGCCAGUUUGACCAGAUGGCAUCACUUGAUUCCUUUGACAGACUAUGGUCAGACCUCAUGGAAAUAUUUGAGACGCUAUCAUCCUUCCGUUCUUCUGUCAUUAACGCAGCUAUAUACAACGCCCUCAGCACUCUACUAGUCGCUUUCAGGUCUGACAAACACAACUUGGACCAGGCAGUCGCGCGCACAGAAUCUCUGUGGUCAUCUGAUAUACCAGACUGCUCCGCAGAUGUGAAGGGACAGACUGCUGCACAGGAUCAAUACAUUGCCUACGUCAACUGUGGAAGAAGCAUAUAUGAUCUGGUGAAGAAGAGCACCACAGCUGAGCGCCUCGAUAAACUGGUUCAAAACAUGGUCAACUGCGUCAAGUCAUCAACUGGCGGAGCUUACAGUACUGACGUGAACUUAUCUACUGCGCUCCAGCAAAAAGUUCUUGAGCAUCUUCGAGCGCUACACGGCAACAUUGAGCUUGUCUCAUCAACAUUGGUAUAUGCUGCCUCUCAGCUCGUAUCACUGCCUUUCGAUGCAUCGCAGCACAAGACCAAAAGCAAUCUCACAUUCGUUGCUUUAUCCAAAUCUAGCAUGGAUUGGUUGGUCGAGUUGACCACUACGUCUCUAGCAAAGUCCGACAUGUUUCAUUCAGGAGCAGUAGCAGAGGCUUUGGAAGACUUGGUGACCCCUAUGAGGCUGAAGUACCGCUGGACGCAAUCCGGCAAAGCACCAGCUCCAUGGCAAAAAGCCACUACUGCAUCGCUAGCCAUCAUUGAGAAGACAUUAAAGCAGAUGGAAGAGCUUAACAUGGCGAAGGAGACGAAGACUCGUAUUUGGUCCGCUAUCGUCAAUAUUGCUCAUGCUAUCAUGCACGCAGAUAUCGAGGAGGCUUCGCCACAGCCUACACCCGAGACCGUCGAGAAAGACGAAGUAUUCGACUGCGAGAGCACGAAGCGACUUAAGGCCGUGAUGACACAAGCACUGGGCUCUCCCGAAAUCCCUGACGAAGUACGACAGCUGUACACGUCCUCACUCUUUGAUGCAUCACUCAUCCACUCCGUUGAGCGCGGUGAUGUGCCCCGAGAUGGCGAUCGAUUGCAAAAUCUACAUUCGUUGCGUCUUGGACGAGUCCGUGAUCCGGAGCCAAGUUUGAGGGAAGAUAUGGCAUAUCUAUGUUUCAACGAGCUCAUCUUAUUGGUUGCCGAGUCUGACCCAAGUCAAGUCAAACUCUCACAGGCCGCAGCUGCUCAUUUGGUGUUGCGCUUCGCUCUACCCAUCAAGGCGUAUAUUGCCGAUCAGCCUCUUCGUGGUUCAAUGCCACAGCCACUUUCGCAGGUCGAAGAGCUGCUCUUCUGCUUGACUGAGAUCGAAAAGCUGCGCUGUGCUCCAGAGGCCAUGGCUGAGAGGGAUGGCGUAAGUGGGACGAGUCAAAAGGCACAUUUGGAAUUGCUCUAUCCGCUGGUCGUCAAGGCGGUGGGCGUGGCUGGAGACAAGCGAUACGGCAACAAGAAGAUUCUGAGCAUGCUUGAGCGAGUGCUGGUGGCCAGCAGAUAG